GGUUUUUUCCGCCUCUCUAUCCCGUACAAAGGUUCUUCCUCAUACGUGGUUUCUCUGAAGAUCCGAAUCCCUUUAGCUCUCGAAAUUUUGGAUUAGGAUAGAAAAUCCCGCUGUUUCGUGAAGAAAGAAAAAAAAAGAUUUCUGUUUUCUCCAGUGUUUCCCGUUGUAUUUUUAUUUUAUUUUUAUCUUUUGUUUGGAUUGGUGCUGUCUGGCUGUUCGUUGAUUGUCAUCUAAAAAGUUUCGUUCCUAAAGCAGACUUCUAAGCGAGGUUUCCGAAAAUCUGAUUCGUGAAAGAUGGUUGCCUUUGGGAAAAGGUUGAAGGAAAGACAAAUUCAAGAAUGGCAAGGGUAUUACAUUAACUAUAAACUCAUGAAGAAAAGAGUAAAACAAUAUGUUCAACAAAUUGAAGUUGGGACUCAAGAUCGACGGCAUGUACUCAAGGAUUUCUCAAGAAUGUUGGAUAAUCAGAUUGAGAAGAUUGUCCUUUUUCUGUUGGAACAACAAGGGAUACUAGCAAGCAGGUUAGCUAAGCUUGAUGAACAGCAUGAUUCCCUUCAGCAGCAACCUGAUAUGUCUCAAAUAUCUGAAUUACGAGAAGCUUAUAGAGCAGUGGGACGAGAUCUUUUAAAGCUUCUCUUUUUUGUUGAGAUAAACGCUAUUGGUCUGCGGAAGAUACUGAAGAAGUUUGAUAAACGCUUCGGUUAUAGAUUCACUAAUUAUUACGUCAAAACACGUGCAAAUCAUCCUUACUCCCAGCUGCAGCAAGUGUUCAAGCAUGUGGGAAUAGGGGCUGUUGUGGGAGCUGUAUCGCGAAAUCUUCAUGAACUUCAGAAUCGGCAGGGAAGCUACUUAUCGAUAUAUGAUCAACCUGCUCUUCCCCUCCAGGAUCCUGUCGUUGACUCAAUAAGAGCAGCCGUGGACAGAUUGACUCACUCAACAAAUUUCCUCAACUUUUUGGCGCAACAUGCUCUCAUUAUGCAAGAUGAGCUGCCUACUCCCAUUGAGGAACAAGUUGAUGAUCAGAAAUACCAUUUUAUAUCACUUCUCUUGAACUUGGCCAACACAUUUCUUUAUAUGGUCAAUACAUAUAUUGUUGUUCCUACAGCAGAUGACUACUCCUUGAGCCUUGGAGCUGCAGCAACAGUUUGUGGUAUUGUGAUUGGUGCAAUGGCAGUUGCCCAGGUGUUUUCUUCGGUGUAUUUUAGUGCAUGGUCAAAUAAAUCAUACUUCCAACCUCUUGUAUUUAGCAGUAUAGCUCUUCUUGUGGGAAACACCUUGUAUGCAUUGGCUUAUGAUCUUAAUUCGAUAGCGGUUCUCCUAAUUGGCCGCCUUUUCUGUGGAUUGGGUUCUGCAAGAGCUGUUAACCGGAGGUAUAUCAGUGAUUGUGUACCUCUGAAAAUCCGCAUGCAGGCAUCAGCAGCUUUUGUUAGUGCCAGUGCUCUUGGAAUGGCCUGUGGUCCUGCUCUAGCUGGUUUGCUUCAAACUAAUUUUAGGAUCUACAAGCUUACAUUCAAUCAAGACACCUUGCCUGGCUGGGUUAUGGCUGUUGCUUGGCUAAUAUACUUAAUUUGGUUGUGUAUCUCAUUUAAAGAACCUUCUCAUGAUUUUGAAGAAAAUCAAUUGCCUCAGGAAUCGAAUUCUGAAGCAGUACAGAAUGAUGCCCUUGAAGAAGGACUUAAACAACCAUUGCUUGUUAGUUCAGAAGAUAAGCAACAAGAAGAAGAUAGUGAGCAAGAAUGUGAUGAAAGUGAAGAAGCUUCUGAGGAAUCUCGCCGACCAGCUACUUCAAUUCGAUCAGCAUAUAGACUACUUACACCCUCUGUGAAGGUUCAGUUGUUGAUAUAUUUCAUGCUCAAAUAUGUAAUGGAGAUUUUACUUUCAGAAUCAAGUGUUAUUACCACAUACUACUUUCACUGGUCUACGAGCACAGUGGCAAUUUUUCUUGCUUCCCUUGGCCUGACAGUUCUUCCAGUAAACAUCGUUGUUGGAAAUUACAUUAGCAAUAUGUUUGAAGACAGGCAGAUUCUAUUGGCGUCUGAAAUUGUGGUUUGCAUAGGCAUACUCCUGAGCUUCCAUAUAAUAAAUCCGUACUCUGUGCCACAGUAUGUCUGCUCAGGACUCAUCGUGUUUGUUUCUGCCGAGGUACUUGAAGGUGUCAACUUGGCACUCCUCUCUAGGGUCAUGUCAUCCCGGCUUUCCCGUGGAACCUAUAAUGGUGGACUACUUUCAACAGAAGCUGGGACAAUUGCACGAGUGAUUGCAGAUGGCACGAUAACUAUGGCUGGAUACUUGGGUCAGAGUAGACUCUUGAAUGUCACCCUACUUCCUUCACUCUUCAUUUGCAUUUCCUCCAUUGUUGCCACCUGCUUAACGUACAACUCUCUCUAUUGAUUAGUAACUCUUGUAUCAAUAGUUAUCCAUCCAAGGCAAUUCCAGUCCCUGUAAGAUCUCUCCAUUUCCUCAUUAUUUUGCCUCACUAUCAGCUAUCAUUGCUGUGCAUUGCAAGAAAACGAGCUCAUUCAUUUUGUUCUUGAUCUGUUGGAUUAUAAUAAAUUAUUACUCCUCUAAA